CAGACACAUCAUACCGAAACCUCACGAGAUCCAUCAUAAAUAAUAAUUUUUUUUUAAAAAAAAUAAAAUAAAAUCUUUUGAUUUCCGUUGAAAAAACGUUGACGUUAAAAAUGUUUUUUAUGUAUAUGUUAAUAUCCGUCAUGGCGGUUUCGACUGUUUUCUUUCGUGUAACCAAUACACAACCAAUUGAAGUAACGUUUGGAGAUAUAGAAAGUCAAUCGGAAUCGGAAGCAUCGUUGUCAGUUAUGGAACAUAACGAUCGAGAAUCGAAUCUAAGGUACGUAAUGGCGAUAGAAAACUCGAGCUUUUGGACCGAGAUAAAGAAACGAUCAUUGACGAUUAGUUCUGAACUGCUUACUAGCAGCAUAAUCAAUAAAUCGCCCGAAAAUCUUUCGGACGAGGAAUUGACGCAACUUAAGCAGGUGUGCCAAGAUGGACUAAAAUGUGUGGCGGUUGACCAUCUUUUGAUACUCACACAAGUGAUGCAGCCGACAGACGACGGCAAGACGUCGGUACGAACGGCCAUUACCAAAAUCACCAAGGUGCUCACCCAGUACACGAACGAGUACCAUGAGAAUACGAAUCAAUACGAAGAGGUCACAGACAAAGACGACACAGCCAAAGUAUACAGUUCUGUGACGACAAUAGUGGAAGACAACGAGGAGUUGUGUCAGAUCGACUCGAAUACUUACACAAGAUCCAAUGUCAAUUCCUAUGCGACUUCAAAAACUAAUGCUUACUUGAGUUCUUAUGAAAAUGCUAAUGAAAAUUCUAACAAGAGUUCGGUCGAUAAUCCGGACAAAACUUCUGAUGGUAGUCCUAGUGAAAGUUCUGGCAGUAGUUUAAACGGAAAUUCUGACGAGGACACCGAAAAAGAAGGCCCCCUUACGAUUGUUAAUAACGGUAAUAUUAACUUCGGUAAUAUUAACACUUUCAACGUCAACGAAGGUACCAUGAAUAGUGCGACUGUUAAUCUCGAUUUGCCUAAAAAUCCAGAUGACAGUAAUAUGAUGCCGACUAAAAUUGAAAUCCACGUCGACUCGGAACCCAGUACACCUGAACUUGAUAACACGAGUACUUCCCAAAACGACGACCAGAACACAAAUACUUCACAAGACAAAGGUGCAUUGGACGACGGUAAAGAAUCCUUGAACUAUCUUAAUAUCUAUGAAUAUGGUAGUAAAGAGACUUCGAAUACCGCAACUCCAGACAGGGAUACCAAGACAGUGAAUAAUCCGAACCAAGGUAAUAGUAGUCCCAAAACCGUUGUGCCUGCAGAUAGCAGUUUAGCUCAAAUCAAAUCUAACGGGAAAACGAAGGCGGAAAAACCUACCGACACUAACGGCGGUGCGAUCCACCCGAACGUAACCAGCAACAAUUUUAACGGUAAUUCGUCGUCGAAUAUCGAUAAGAGUGAAGCUUCCAAAAACAUCACCGACGGAUCUGCCGGCACAACUGGUUCAAAAAACAACGUCUUAAACGCCGAGAAAUCCAACGAGAAUUUCGUUAGCUUAAAUAAUGGCAAAAAUGCUACUCAAGGUCAAAACAGACAGCGAGCUGGUAUCGUUAGUGCGGGUCACAACAACACCGACAAAGUAAACAAAGGCUACGUCGAAGAUGGCAUUAUCAACAACGGGAUGAUAAAAUUGACAGAAAAAAAUAAGGGUACCAAAAACAAAGGCGUCAUCAAUAACGGCAAAGUUAAAAACGGUAUUAUUAACGUGGGCAAUGUCAAUAACGGCAAGACUAACUACGGUACCAUCAACGAACGCAUCAAUAACGGGGAUAUAAAAAGAGUAAACAAUUACGAUGUCCAACAAUUUGUAAACCAAAUUAACAACAUGUACUCUUCCAUAUUAAAAGAUUUAGCUCAAAAAUAAAUCAAUUUUGUUUGUUAUGACUUACAUAAAACAUUUAUCUGGUUGUUAUUGAAAAGAAAUAAUAUAUUUAUAUUGCGUAAAACUUUAAAGCAAAUACUAAGUAGUAAUCAUUUAUUUUAAUAAUUGUAUUGAUUGUUCGGUUUAGAUUUGGCUAAUAUUCACGCUUGAUUAUGAUUUAUAUUAAUAAAUUGUUUUAAAUUAAAUAAUUGUUUCGCUGUAUUAUGGUAUAUUGGUUUUCCGUAAUAUUAAAUCUAAAUGUUGGUCUUGAAUCUAACCACGUCGCUGUAAACCAUAGGUAGUAUUUGAAAUAUGAAAAAAAAAAACCGAUCUUUCUAAGUAAAAAUUAUCUAUACAGAAAAAUUGUAUGACAUUUUUUGCGAGUAUUAAAUUUAUUUUAUACCAUAGAUUACGCGAUUCACAUACAAAUUGACUUCAGAGAUAUUUUGAUAUUACAGGAACAUUAUUAUUGUCAAAAUAUAUAUAUAUAUGUAUAAGUAUAUUGUUACUGCUGAAUAAUUAUAUUUAUUCGAUUUUUUUUUUUCAUUUCCGUAAUCUUCACUUUUACUUAUUUUAAAACAAAUAAAAAAAUCGGAGUAUUCGACAUAUGAUUUUAUUAAUUUAAAACAUUGGACGAAAUCUUUGAAAAAUAUCUACUGCUAUAAUGUAAACAAUAAACAAUGUGAAUCGCAUGUUCUAAAAGCAACCCAGUAGUCUAUAAAAUGUAUUAUAAUAUUCCACUAGUGACUAGUCAGUUCCUCCAUCAGUCGAAUUCUCGUGUUAUAUAAUACAAUUCGUCUAAAAAAUUUACGAAAAAAACUGCAAAAAUAAAAUAAUACAAGUAUAAAAUAUGUAGAAAUUCAUUAUUAACUCGUAAAAACCAAUGUGUUCGCAUACAAAAGUGAUACACCGUCGUAUUUGUAAUCAAAAUCGUUGCUAAAAGACAAAAAACAAAAACGGUAAAAUACAUAAUUACAGUUUAUUCGACUCAAAAUUAUCAUGGUAAUGAGUAUAAACAGGAAAAUAGUUUACAUAGACAUGCUAUAGAACGAUUGUUCAAUAAUGGUUGUUUUCUUCUUCCACGAUAACAGAAAGAACAAUGUUUCAAUUGAAUUUUUUCAGGGAAAAAAUUAUACGUCAACAAAGAUAUCGGAAACAUUGUAAUUUUUUAUUUCUAUAAUUUGUAAUUUGAUAAAAAAGUAGAACGAUUUAAGAGUGACUAACGGCGCUCAUUGAUUUCCAAACUUAAGGUUAAAUUGAUUGUAUACAGAAAUGUCAAAAUUCGGAAAUGCUAUUGUAUUAUCAAACACCGACACGGUGUGACGGAGAUCCGAAUGUACUUUCAACGAAACAGACGAAUUGAAUCAAGUCGGUUUUUUUUUAUAUGUCAUUUGUGUAUUUUCCAAUAAAUCAUAAUGCGUUUAAUGAAUAUUCUUAUGUCUUUCAAAAUGCGGUCGUCGUCAACGAACGAGAUGAACAAUCUCGUGUUACGUUUAAUAAUUACAUGUGGUGAAAAAUUAGAAUAAUAAUAUAUACGACAUUUUAUAAUUGUGUAUACUUUUUGUUAUAACCUAAAAAAAUGUAUGCAUUUGUUUGUUUUUGUUUUUAAUAAAACAUUUAGUAACGGGGAUGUCAUAGGAUUUCCAGUUCGAUGGGUUUGACCGCUUUUGAGAAGUCAAUAUCCCUACGAUGUUAUCUCUUUUCAACGUAAGUAAGGAAUUUUACGAUAAUCUGACCCAGUACCUAUUCAGUAUAUAGACUGUGAUGAAAAGAGGUUAUAAGAGAUCGACAUACGAGGUCAUCGUCAAACGAGAAAUAUGACGUAAAUAUUUAUUAUUUACGCACGCGUAUAUUGAGAUAAAUGACGUAUGAUAUUAUUCUUUCUUCCACGAUACACGUUAUUCAAAAGUUGUAAAUUAUUAUAAAUAUUUACGAGUAUAUUAUACAUGACUUAUAAAAAACAAAUGUAUAAAUAUGUUUGCAAAAUUUUCGGACGCAACUGUGCAAACUUACAGUAGAUACUUACGUGUUCGCGUGUAGGUGGCCUAGAUAAAACCGUUAACAAAAAGAACUUAAGUAGAAUAUAUUGCUUUAAUACGUUCCCUAUUUUCCAAGAAGUAGGGACUGCAAUACAAUCGCACUCUUCUCUAAUCGUUCGUAUUUAAAUUAUAUUGUAGUUUAAAAAUGGUUUUCACACAUCUAUUGGUAUCCGCGAUAACGGUUUCGAUGGUUCUCGUCCGCAUAGCCAAUACGGUACCGGCGGAUUUAACAUUCGAAUACGAAAACAUUGAUUCGGGAUCAAAGAAUUCGACGACUGUUAUAGCGAAAGACGAUAAUCCGUUGGACGAUAACGACCGAGACUCGAAUUUAAAGUACGUGAUGGCGAUAAAGAACUCGAGCAUGUGGACGGAGAUAAAAAGACGAUCGUUGACGAUAAGUACUGAUCCAUAUUCUAAGAGCCUGUUCGACAAGUCGACCGAGAAUCUUUCGGACCAGGAACUUUUACAACUGAAGCAAGUGUGCCAAGAUGGACUAAAAUGCGUGGCGGUUGACCAACUAAUGGUUCUCAGACAAGUAAAGCAGACUGAUGGCGGUAAGACAGUGGUACAUAAGGCUAUAAAUAAGAUCACCAAGGUGCUUACUGAUUACACGAAUGAAUACCACGAGGAGAAGUAUCAAUACGAAGCUGUCACAGAUGCAGACGACACGGAUAAAAUGUACGAUUCUGUGAUGACAAUAAUGGAAGAUAACAGGGAGCUGUGUCAGAUCGAUCCUAAUACUUACACAAGUACUAGUACAAGCUCGUAUGAUACUACAAGUUCGAGUAUCAACAUUAGUUCUGCUGAAAGUUCUAACAAUAGUUCUGAUAGUAGUUCAAACAACAUUUUUGACGGUAAUUUCAAUGGAAUUUCGAACACUAAUUCUGACAGCAGUUCUAACCAUAGUUCUGACCGUAGUUUAACUGAAAAUUCUGACAGCGCCUUACUAACGAUUUUUAAUAACGGAAAUGUUAAUUUUGGCACAGUCAACCAGUACAAUGUCAAUGAGGGUACUAUGAAUAGUGCAAUGGUCGGUAUCGAACCUUCAAAUAGUACCUCUAGCGAUGAUUCGUCCAAAUUGUCAGAAGAACCUAAUCCACCACCUACUAUUAGGAAUGAAUCACCUGCUAUUAAUGAUCCACCAACUUCUACUAUUGAUCCACCACCUACUCUUGAAUCCAAUACCGAACGACCAGUAGAAAAACGCACAGCCAGAAUAGAAUAUUUAAUACCAUUCAACGGUGAACAAAAACAAAACGUAUCUAACGAUAAAAUCCCUGAAUCCGAUUCUCUUCCCGAAAAAACAGUUUCUUCUGUCCAAACGGCUGCUUCCGCCGACACGGGUCCGUCCACUUAUUGCAGUACCUGCGCAAACGCCGGCACCUCUACCUCCACCGACAAUUCGACAUCCGACGCCGGUGUCCCCGCCAAAACCGAUGAAUCGUCCGCCGACACGGUUAACAACUUCAUAAAUAUGGACAACGGUGAAAACAGUGCUUUUAGCAAGAAUGACUCUAUGGUCGAUAUAACCAGCACGGGUUCCAAUAACAAAAGCACCGUGAACAAAGGCUACGUCGAGGAUGGCAAUUUUAACAACGGCAUGAUGAAAAUUUUUAACAUGAAUACCGGUACUAUAAACAAAGGCGUCAUCAGCAACAGCGUCGUGGAAGACGGAAUCAUUAAUGUCGGUACGGUCAACAACGGACCGGCCAACUAUGGUCAGGUCAAUAGUUCUUCAAACAACGGCACUGAAUCGCAGGUGAACAAUAACGAUGUCCAAAAGUUUGCCAGUGCUAUUGAAAAAAUAUACUCGGACAUGUACGAUCGUCUCUCCAAACAAUGAUAAGUAAUCUAUAAUAUUUAUUUUCAGUUUUCCAUGCGUAACUUAUCACUUAGUUUGUACAUUAUAAAGUAUUUAGCGAAACAAUAAUUUUAUUUUACUCGUUAAAUAAUAAUAUUAUAUCCGUGUUGCUUGAUGAACCUAAUCUAACUUGGCGGUUUUUAUACACGUUUAGUUGUUUAGUGACAUUGCCAUUAUUUUAUUAAUAUAACAUAACAUUGUAUUAUAUUACAACGAUAAUUGGUGUUCAAAAAUAAAAUAUGUUAUUUACUUUGGUUUCCUUAAAACGUGUAAACCAAUUCAAUCUACCUGCUAUUCAUAAAAAAUGAUGGAGUACUCAAUAAUAUUUACGAUACCGAAAAAUGUUUGGUUUUUAAGGUAUUAUUAAAGGCGUAUAUUAGUAAACAAGCUAUUAAUCACCUAAAACUGUUACUUGUUGGCCGGUUCGUUUUAAAUGUCCAAGGUAAGGUUUUGUAAAAUGUAAAAAACAUUUUUUUAUCACAAAUUGGUACCUACUGAAAUUAAUUGUGUACUAUAAAAUAUCACCAAUUAUCAUCGGCUUCCGAUCGGAGGAACGUAUGAACCGAAAACCGAUUAUUUUAAUAUUAAUCAAUUAUUUUUGUUUAUUAUUAUCAACUGAUUUAGUAAAACUGUAUGAAUAUAAAAAGAAAUUCAUUGUUUUAAACUAAAACUACUUCUAAGUAAUAAAAUGUGGCACUCUAUAAAAGUUACGUUAUUCUGUUUCUAGACUUUAUCUGUGUUGGAUUUCCGUAUCCUUUCGAAUAAUUAUCAUAUUUUUAGUUUUGUUAUCAGUAUGCCAUUUUACAUUGUAAAUCAAUGAGACCGAUUGUCCAAUUUUAAUUUUUUUUUUACCAAUCCUUGGAAAGAUACUUGAUUAGUUUUUUGCUGCCUUUAGGCUGAUUUUUUCGACGUUUUCCCCAGAACAUGUUCCCUCACACAAAAACAAAUUAUAAAAUAUUAAAAUAAUUUUAUUUUAAUUUACACAUAUGUAUACAUUAUUCAAUACUAUAUUUACCGGUUAUAAUUAAAUAAAUAAAUAAAAAAAAAAAAUAGUUCAAAACAAAUGCCAGUUUUCCCAAAAGCACAACCCCGAGACCCAGCCAAUUUAAUCUGACUUUGAAGUCACCAUUGCCCUUAUCAUCGUACAAACGCUAUAAUUAUUGUGGUUAAUAUCAAAUUAUAUACAAAUCAGAAUUUUGAUGGGGUUUUUUUUGUCCAAAAGUAAUGAGUUAUAUUUCUAUUGGUGUCCGUUCUUCCGAAACGAAUUCUCAUCUAGUACAACUCUUUUAACAAUAAUAUUUACUCAUAUAUUUGAAUAAUUAAAUGCAGCUAAAUGGAAACAAACUUUAAUGCAAGUUGUUUUUGAGAACGAGUGCUGAAUUUAAGUCACUAUUCAAGUCUAAAAACACAUUUUCGAAUAACUAAUUAAUAAUAAUAACUGAGGUUUUAAUCAUUGUAAACAUAAUUGUACCUGUGUCGUAAUAAAUCAUAAAUAUAAUAUGAUAAAAAGUACGAUACUUUUCAUAGGAAAAAAUCUUUUAAAAAUAGUCGUAAAUAUGUUAUACAUUUUCUUAUAAUUAUUAUUAAAUAAAUACAGGUAUAAUGCUUUUAUAUGUAUUAAAUAUUUUUUAUACAAAAAUAUUGCGUUUGUUAGUUUUCGUUAUUAUUGUUUUUUCAAGACUAUUACCCAAAUGGAAUAUUAUUAAAACCGACAUCCAUCUCUAAAGAAAAUAUUCUUGACCGUAAAAAAAUAAAAAAAGACUUCGCACGUGGGUGUUACCACUGUUGUAGGUGGGAAGUUGGGAAGGUAGGAUACAGAAGGAAAUUUAAUGUACGCAUAUCUGUAAGCAACAACAAACCAUAGCUAACGAAAAACGAGUCUCAACGGAGUUCAGUUGAUAGUGAUGCAUUGUCAAUAUAACUUUUUUUUUUUUUUACUAAGUUUGGUAUGAUUUUAUUAACAAAUGUAUGGCUGUUAUUGUAAACAUCUCUUCCUUCGUAAAAAUGAGUAUUCAAAGACAUUGGAGGUAUGCUGAAUUUGAAAUCUUUUUAUUUUGAUUUAUUAUUAUUAUAAUUUAAGAAUGAAAACUAAUUAAUAGGUACUGUUAGAUAUAAGUAUUGUGGUGAAUAAAUGCAAUUAUAAUGAUAUCUUCACAAUUCAAUAUUGUGAAUGAAUGUUUCUGUUUAGCAGUGAAAUUUAAUAAAUUACUAUUAGUUUUCUCAUCGAUUAUCAUAAUCAUGGGUAAACAUUUUAAAUUGUAUUUAUCAUACCAGGCGAUUCAUUUAAUCCUUUCACUGUCAGAAGUUUUUCACUCUGUCAAAUGUUAUUGUCACACAAAUUUUAUAUUUUUUUUUCUCUUACUUUUAAUAUCUCGAGAGGAGUAUCAAAUAUACAAAGUUCAAAACAUUCUAAAAUCAUUUUUGCCUUUGUUAUUUAAAUUUUAAAAAAUGUACACCAUGGUUUUCCAAAAUACAGUAUUUAUUUUGAAACACUAUAGAUCAAAUAAUAUUUAUUAUUUUAUAUCAUAGACUUUUAUGAAAACAAAAUAAUAAUAACCAUAAAACAUUUUUAUACUAGGUAAAAAAACCUUAAAAAAAAAAGUUUAAUAAUAGUUCAAAAAUAUUUUUUCUUGGUGUGGUAAAUUUCAAAACAUAAAAUCAGACACAAUCCUAAAUCACACUUUAUACACAUGUAUUUUGUGUUUUUUCUUUUGCUGUUUUUGUUUUGGCACACUUAGCACUUAUUUGUGGUUUGGUCUUCUUUGAUGUGGGUGGUACAAUAGAAGAAAAAUGUCGUCUUUGUAACCGGUUUUCUAAACAUGGAUCAGAACAGUGACAUACCUUUAUUUUUGGUGUGGCACACUCAUUAAAUAUUUCACAUAUCAACUGGAACUGGAAAUCUGCAAGGCUGAUUUAUAUUACAGUACAAGUUUUAUACACAGAGUAUGCAUUCAGAAGUAAAAGAUCAAUCAUGUGAAAGAAUAAUUUCUUAUACUACUUGAUUUCACAGAACUCAAAAGAAGCAUGUCUGUUUUGUCGAUUGGCCCUAUGUUUUCAUUAUAAUACAUUACUGCUUCUGGCUUUAUAACUUCAUUACUAUAGUGAUUAUUUUUUUUAACCAAUUUGUCUUCAAACUGAGUGGUGAGCAUAAAUACAUCUCUACGGUCUCCAUUUGACUGCUAACAUAAUUUUAGUACGCCUGCUUUCUGUUUGUUUAACUUUUAAUUUGCCUGACAAUGCUGACAUCUCCUUUCAAUUUUUUCUUACUGUUCCUGUUAAAUUAGUAUUUUUCUUGUGAAGAUAUUUUGCUAAGAUGGUGACGAAUAUCAAUUGUCGAUGAAAAAUCUAUGGCACUUAUUUAAAUAUGGUUUAAUUAGCAUGUUCACAAGAGCACCAAUGCUGGAAUUUUUUUUAUAGUCUGUUGUACUCACAGUAUAAACUAUGAUGUCGAGAACAAGGUAUGUUUGACAUAACACAAAAUAAAUAUUUUAAUGCCAAAACAGUGCCUUUUGGUUUUGAUAAAUUGUUUGAGUGAUAAUUGUCUUUCCCAAAGGACUAGACUUUCAUCAAUAGCUAAAUUUUCAUAAGGAAUCAUUGUUUCUUUGAAAUUUUUAGUUAUUUCUUGUAAAGACAUAUACACAUUUGCAAGUCUGUUCCGGGUACUUGAUCUUCAUUCUAAUAAAAAUGAAAUAUUCUCAAUUUUAUCUAUUAUGACUCAUAUAUUUCCCAAAUAUUGGUUGAUAUGGUAAAGGGUCCAUGGACCAGUAAUCUGCUUUUUCUAAUUCCUUAUUCUUGGCCAUAAGCACUGUUAUUGCUAAGAACACAAAUAUUUCUUUACAAUCCGUACCCACCCGUUAAGUGACUCUAAUAAAAUAAAAUAUUUGUUAUAAUAACUUCAAUAACAUGUCAGUUAAUACAGAAUAUGUUUCAUAAAUUCUUUCCGAGAUAUAUUUUGCAAAAAUAUAAUAAUAUAUAAAAUUAUAAUAUAGUUACAGUCAGAUAAUUAUAAUACAUUACAUAAUUAUAAUACAUUACAUAAUUAUAUAUCCAUAUUAUAUUUGUAUAUUAAGUCUAAAACAUAUUCAGUGGACAGUGAUGUCCCAUAACAAAGAAACUUUUUUUAAAACUAUUUACUUAGAAUCAGAUGUUAUGUUGUCAAAUUGUUGGCAGUAGCAAUUUGUCUCAAGAGCAACAACUCUUGAAAAACUUGAUGUAAUAAAUACCACAAAAAAAUCUAAAACAUUUGACUGUUCCGAUAGUUUAAACUCUGCUUUUUUUACACCACUAGAAAAAAAAAGUAAUACAAAACUUUAUACAUAAAUUUAUAAUAUAAAUAUGUUGGGUAGGUACCUUAGAAGCAUCAAAAUCAUACUUUUGGUGCAGUUUCCACUUUAUUCCAUUUCAGAUUUUGUAUGCACAAUUAAUUGUUUUUUGUUCCAUUAGACACAGUAGGUAUAAUAUGAGGACUAUCAUCCAGACUAUUGGGUUGUAAAUCUAAUGUAAAAAAUUGUUAAGUUAAUAUUAAUUUUUUUGCUUGUUGUGUAGAAAACAGUUGCUUAUUUAGAUAAUAAAUAAAUAAAUAAUACCUAGUACAUUAUGUUAAAAGCUUUGUUAAGUUAAAACUUUUUAAGAGAAUUGAAUAUUGAUAUUUUUUUUUUUUUUUAUCAAACACAUAUGUGUACUCAGUAUAGCAAUUUAAACGAAUUGUUCAGCAUUUAGUUCCAUACUAAUUCAGUGAUAAGUAUUCAAUCUCCUCUAAAUGAAUAAUUUUGUUGAAUCACAUUGUUUUUUUUUGUCAUAUAUCCAUUCUAUUUUACCUUUAUUGUUUAAAUGUGCCUGAAUUAUUGCCAAAUUAAUUUGAAUGUAUGUGUACCUAUGUAUUUAUAUUAAAAUCAUAAAUGAAGUAAAUUAUCAUUAUCAUCACAAUUUAUAUUACUUUAAAAGGCAUUUGGUUAUAAUAGAACUUUACUAGUUAGUAUUGCCUCAUCGGAAUGUAGCAUUUCAACACUGCACAGGUUAUAUUUGCUGCUUGAUCAUAAAUUAGCACCUAAUUAGUUUUUAUAAAUUAAUCCAAAAUGUAGUCAAAAAUAGAUAUUUUUAUUAUUAUUAUUUGUAGUUAUUGAUAUUUUGAUAACAAAGGUUUUUUUUACUGAAGUCAGACUAAGUCUAUCCGGCUUAGUUUUAGAGUUACAAAUGUUCAAACUAAGCCAGAUAGACUUAUUUUGAUUUCAAUAAAAAAAUCUUUUAUUUACACCGAAUUUUCGAUUAAUUCCAAAAAUGCUAUUUUUUUAAGAUUUAUGUACAAAAACUAUAAAAUUACGUAUGAUAGGUAGGUUUUGAUUACACUAAUAGAUUAAGUAUUAAAAAACACACAUUUUGGAAAAAAAAACAUUUCAAAAUGUUAAACUCUAAUUAAGAAAUACGCGAAACGGAAAACUUGAACUUUAUGAAGUUUCCUUUCCAUAACUUCUAAAUUUCGUCACUUUCAUUUUACAUUUUUAAUGUGCCUACACUCAAAAUCGCACAAUUUGAAAACCUGAAAAAUCGCGUGAGAGCUAAACUAGAAUUAUGUAGAUUUUAAUAACCAUUACAGACGGAGGGUAUCUAUUGCCCAGAGCAUUUCAAUUUUUAAAAGAAGAUAAACAAAUUGUACAGGGAUAAAUUAGGCCUCCACGCUACUUUAUAAGGGUAAAUUAUUGAAACGAUUAAAUUUUUAUAAGAAUGUACCAAUUAAUUUACUCACAGUCGUUGAAUUGUAAGUUUGAGUCAUAAGACAUCGUUUUCAUUGGUCCAAAUGCUGGAGAUCAAUCCAAAAUACAUUUAUGCCAUUAAAUGUUAUGUAUAACCUGUCUAACUAUCUCUUAGGCGUGGUUCCUAGAUUUAAAAUGAAUAUCGGUCACCCACAUUAUUUAUAAACUUUAAUAUAAAAAUUGACAUGGUUAAUGAAAUUAAAUGAAAAUGUUAGGAGAAAAGAAAUAUUUUCUGCAGUUUACUCACAAUUCAACAUUCAGGAAGUAAUAUGAACAUAGUUCCCUGUCUAGUCGGAGUACCUUUGCCACGUAUAAGUACUACUGUACAGUAUUGUACACGUAUUACAUUGCGCGGCCUAAAAGUCUUGUACGUUUGACACGACUGUUCGAAGAACCGACCCACGUAAACACCGUUACAUAAACUUUAUGUCUAUCUCGGUUGACCGUAGUGUUUACGUACCUACAUCUACCGUGUAAACUAUUAUCAUAUUGUUAGUACAUUAUCGAUUAUCUUCGAUUAUUUAUGAUAAGCUAUGAGGCGGGCUGAGCUUUGCGCACUAUCAUCGGUGUCGUAUCGGACACGUGAGCGUUAUCGUACCGCCCGUGACGAAACAAAUUUGUUUCGUCGUGGUACCACCGUAGCACGUUGGAAAGCCACCGACACUAUGAUCAGCAUAAUCGUUAUCGAAUUCAACUAACUACAUGCUCGAGUACUUGUAAGUACCUAAAUGUAUAUUAUAUUUCGUAGCAUUACAUCAAGUACUGAAGUAACUAGUUAUUUGUUCGGUGGUGCGGUGGCUUCAUUCCAACUAUUUUUGGAUCGGCCACCUUCGUUCUAAACUUCCACUUGACCCGAUUUCCAACUCACGCACAUCGGUCGUCCUCAUACCCGUACAAUUCUCAAUCGCGUCCAACCACCUAUUUUUCGGCAUUCCUCCCGUGGCUAUUUCCAUUACGAUUCUUACUGUUUCCGGAUUCUUUUGUCCCCGUGACGCGCCCAAACCACCGUUAGCUGUCUUGUUUUGUUCCUCCAAACUCAUACUCUGUUUUACUUCUGCUCAUCUUUAGUCCCUUUUCUUCAAAUACUACCGUCCGGUCUCCGUUCGUCAAACCUAAUGUUAACUUAAUUCAAAUUGUCUCCUAUCAAAGCUAUGCAAUCGUGCACCACGGCACCCCGUUUCUUCCGUCGUCCCCAUCCACAUCCGAGACGGGACACGUCUCGUUCAGACCUCCUCGUAUUGUCUGGCAGGAUUGUGCACCGACAACUGACGCAGCGUCGUUUUUUACUUCUUACUACAAUCAGAAGUGGGUACCUGCCGUACGAGUAUUCUGAUGCCCUUCCACAGGAAGAAGAACGGCAGUGGUUUUUCGACAUUAUGAAUUCGGUCGGCGGCACUGUAUGGCGGCUUUUAGUCGGAUGGCAUUCGGACGCGCUUGGAGGCCGUCGCUUCGUGUUCGUGCGACACCGGGUCCCAUGACACGGUUCAAAACUUUGCGAUCGUCCCGCGUUGUAGUUCUCCGAUCGAUCGUUGGCGGCACGCCAAUCGAUAGCGUCCAGCUGUUCUACGGCCCGACAACGAACGACGCCGCGCCGACCGCGUCCGAAGUACCGGUCGCCGGUCGGCUGACGGACGCGCCGUCUCGUCCUUUGUUCUUUCUUUCUUUUGCCCGUGACGCCGGCGAGCCGACGUCUUCCGCUCGUUUUGUCGCACGUCGUUUUCCCGUCGGCUGCGGAACAGAACACUGCCGUAUCAUUACGUCGCGCGCGUCGAUCGCGCAGUUUCACUCGGCGUCGCCGCUGACCGUUAACAAUCGUAACGGUAACGCCGUUAUCGUCGUAUAAAACGACGUUCGCGUAAUUGUCUGUGUCUCGUCUACGAGCGAGUACCAGCCCCCGUCGCCAGUAUCCGAACCAACGAGUUCCGCGUCGCUGGCGAGCGGUUGCCCCGUGUACAUAUUGUUAUUAUUGUUAUUAUAUAUUACGCGAUGGCGCGUUUUGAUAAAUCGUAACGUCUGCGAUGGCGGUCGCCUUUUAACGUUACUGCGCAGAUCGCGGCGGCGGCGGCGGCGACGGUCGUCGUGUAGAACGUCGAUGGACGGCGACGAUCGCGCGCAGGCGCCGGUGUUUAGCAGUCGUUUUUCCCCACUCCCGACCGCCGAACCGUUCACGGCGCGGUUCUUGCGAUUAAUUACACCGAGCGGGUAAUACCCGAUUGAUGCCGCGGUUCCAUGUUGCGUUCUGCGCAACCGCGUUUUCACGGUUAAACGGCGGCGGUUUUGCACUCCGUCCGCGCGCAACUCGCGACGCGCCGUCGUCCGAGCGCGCACUCGCGACGCGCCGUCGUUAUGUUAUUUACCGGACACGCGUGCCGUCGUCCUCUGCGCGACUGCCGUUCGAUGCCGCCCGAUCUCGUUUCCGUCCGCGUGAUCGGGUCGGAUACAGUUUGGGCGUAUCCGAGUUGUAGCCGGACGACCGACCUGACGACCGCGGAACGCCGCGCGUCUCGGGCACGGUCCGAUCGAGCCCGGAGCCCAGGAGCCCCCGGUCCCGGCAGGUGGAUUCUCUAAAAAGUUUUGGUCACAAACUCGGUCGUUAGCGCGAGCGUGACGCUUAGUUCAGUCAUAGGAGAUUUUUGCGGUUCACUAACUAUCGCGGAAUGAAAACAUUUUAACACCGUCAUUUUAGAAUGGCCGAACGCAGUCUUUUGAUUUGCCGUUACUGACAAAGCCGUAUUUUGUGUACAUUGUGUACGACCAGUGGCGGGUCUUGUUACGGUGCACCGCCCGACUAUUUCAGAGACGAGAACAAAAAAGACUGACAAAACCUCGCGCAAUGGGUGCAGUCACUGUUGUCGGUGAGAUGUUGGAAAGGUAGGAUAUAGAGGGUAAACUCGUUUGUAUCUGUGAGCAACGAUAAACCAUUGCUUACUAAAAACGAUUCUGAGCGGAGUUCGGUUGACAGUGAAAUCCUCGGGUCAUUUAUUUCCGAAAACGGUUCGAUCGCAGACGCGCUCCGUCAAAGCGCUACCUAUCUGCCCGAAAUUAUUACACGGGUGUUAUUUCAGUAUUUUGUUGGGGCGUGUGAGGUAUCAAGCUGGCCAUUAUAAAUAUUUCACCAGGCCGCAUAAAAAUAUACAUAUAUAGGUAUUAGGAGAUACCUAUGUACCAUAUAUCAUCCUGCUUUUAAUUAUUUCAAUAGAUUAUGAAUCGCAAUAAAUAUGGUAAAAUGCACACAAUAUGUGUAAAUUGCUAUGUGUAACUUUUGUACAAGUAAACACUAAAAAAAAAAAAAAAAACAAAUUAAUUAUAUUUGUGUAAGAGGAUCAAGUAUAUGUACUGGCGAUUUUUAAGUCUAGCAAAUACAUCGAAAGUUUUUUUUAAAUCGAUAUUAUUCACUUUUUUUUCACCUUUUUUAACCAUAUAUUUUUAGCCGUCCAUGAAAAUGCGUGUAAGUAUGAUUUUACGUUUUAAAAACAAUGGAGAACCCUUUCAUUUGAUGUCAUUGUAACGGCUAAAGUCCAACGUUUCCUUAAUAACAACCGUUGAGGGUUGUUUAACCGAAAAGUUAUCAAACUUUUGACGGUGAUUAAGUUCCUUAUCACUGUUUGUAUUCUGUAGGUGUCAGGCGUAUGUCUGGUAGAUUGAAAUUUUUCAAAAACAAUAUCCAUAAAAAAAACCGAAUAUUUGUUUCAUUAGGUCAGCGGUUCCCAAACUUUCUCAGCCUCGGAGCCUUUUUUAUAAAAAAAGUUUCUCGUGGAGCCCCCAUGAAAUAUUUAACGUUAAUUUUUAUCUGCCUGUGUUCUAUCUUCUAUGAAGUAUAAUAAACACGAAUUGUAUAUAUAUACAAGAGUCAAAAUAAAAUUAUAUUUUUGAAUACANAAAGAACUGCAAAAAAUAUUAUUUAUUAUUUAAAUUUAAAUUUACAAAAUGUCUUAAUGUGAGCAUUUGGUGGCCUGCUUUUUACUACCGAGUUUGUCGAUGUCCGGUGUCACAGAAGUCAAUUGAAGACGCAUAUCGUUUUCUGCAUCCAAACGUGCUCGGUAUUUUGUUUUUGUAGCUGCGUACCACGAAAAUGCCGUUUCACAAAGAUACGUAGUACCAAAAGGCAGUAAAAGCAGUUUAGCUUUUGAACUUGAUAUUGAAUGAUCUUCCCCUGAUCGAGCCCAUAGUUCGGAUAUUGGUUUGCUUUUAAAUAAUGUCUGAUAGCGGGCGGCUAUCCGAAACCAUAUCAAUAAGAACCUCAGGUUGCUAACACACUUUGUUACAUAUCACACACUGAGGACGUCCAUCAGCAAAUUCAGUGAAUCCCAUAUCGAAAUACGACUCGCGAUAUUUUCGUAUUCGGCUUCCUUUCCGAAUAUCUACAUCAGGUAUCGUAGAUUCUAAAGUAGAACUACGCACAACAUGUUCCGUACGUAAUACUGAGGAAUUAUUUUUACUACAAUUAUUGUUAUCUUUCUUCGACUGAGCGACAGUUGUUGGCCGACUCUUUUCGGGUCUUACGGAGCCCGUUUUAAACCGCCGUUCCAUUUCAGCAAAAAUACACCGGGCCGUUCGCACAUACGCGCAAUAAAUAGAUAAAAAAAAUAAAAUAAUCGAAUCGAACAAAAUACACACACGCCCGUCGUUCGUAAAUACGCGCAAUUAACCGAUAAAAAGAACAAUGCGAUUUGAGAAUCGAACCCGGAUUAAACGGCGAAACGCGGUAAACGAAAUAAUGCAUAUUCUAUAAAUAUUUCUAUAACGUAAUAAACAACGGACCGAGUCCCCGGGGAGGGGGGGGGCGGGUCGUUUCGAUUUAUCAUCGUUUCGUAUUAUCUAAAAUUCUAAAAUUAGAUAAUUGUAUACAGUUUUCUUAUCGGUAUUUUACGCAGUGUACAUAUCGGUGAAUCGUGCGUGGCGUCCGAGUCUUCGCGAAUUACGUAUUCGUUUUAAAAUAACGAACGAUUUUGCAAAUUUGUUGCGGUGUUACGAGCCCUCGGUAAGCGAUCGCUGCAUCGGGUAAACGGCCGACUCGAACGGGGGGGCGUUUCGCCGAAUCCGACCGGAAGGACGCAGCGUACGCGUCCGCACGCGGGACGAACGGGCCGAAUUUGUAAGAAGUAUCGCGUCGUAACGAUGCAAUGUACUCGUAUUGUGUAGGUAUUGUUUUCAUCCAAGAGUGCCGUCCUCCUUGUAAUUAAAUGCCGUAGUUAAAUAUUACUUAUUAAUUUUCCCCCGCAUCUGACGUAUCGCAACGCACCCACACGGGUACCGGGAAACAAAUAUCUUUACAAUUAUAAGUUUAAUAUAAUACACGCGUUCCGAGUUUACUGGGGCAACGGAGUUCUGCGCCGCCCCCCCCCUUCCUCCUCCUUCUCCUCCCCCCCCCUCCCGUCACCCAUUGGCCACGUCGUCGUCGUUGUUUAUUAUUAUUAUUAUUAUAUUGUUUUCUUGACGUAUACCUGCCUGCGCAGUACACACACUACGCGCACGACACGAGUAAAUACAUAUAUGUGUGUGUGUGUGUGUGUGUGGCGUUAUCCGUCAUGCCACUCGACGUGCGCAUACAAAUUGGUACAGGGUGACGGCGGGGUCGGGUACCUGUACGCGAACGACGUCGUAAGUUUCGCAAAGUACGAAAGUUCUCCCGCCGGCACGGACGCGACGCUCGACGAUAAAUUCACCUUACACGUUAUCGUGUACAGGGUGUUCCGCCGGGCUCGCUGUUAAACGGCGAAAACGAUAUUACCGAUUUGCGGGUUACCGCGCGAGUGUACGACUGUAAAAGUUACGCGACAUAGGAAAUCGCAAUUGCAGCACCAUAAUAAAAAAAAAAGAAAUGCGUACCUCGGUACAACUUAAAACGGGACGCGUUACAAUAAGAAACUAUUUAUCGGAUACGUUUCUACGCGUGACACGAUAAUACGCACUAUUUUCAGAACAAUAAUAUUGUACUGGCCGUUUCCGUUGCGCGGGCGAUUUUGAUAUUUUUGAAAAACCGACAGACGAAAAAACAUUUUUUUCUUACUAUUAUUAAGGGGCGUGAAAACCGAAAUAAAUAAAAUGUGCUCCCCCUGACACAAAAUCCGAUUGAAAAAUAAAAAAACUGACACCGUUGAUCUGAUGAUGGAUGUGCCACCGUUUUAUAUUGGAGGCAAGUUCGAAUAGAGGAUACACAGAGUAAUUUGAUUUACACGUGUACGUAACGGUAAACCGUUAAUAACGAAAUUCAAUUCUGAACAAAGUAUUAUCAGUCGUAUUUUUUCCCUCGACGCGACCCAGGAAUCAAUACAACGGUUGUACAGACACUCGUCGGUUUUUCCCGUUUAUCAAGAGAGAAACAACAAAGAAAAUCGAAAAAUGAUCUUAUGUUAAAUGCGACAACCGCGCCUCACAAAGAAAUCGGUACCUACGCCGCAGCGUUCGGCCGGAGCGAAAUUUCCGACGGCGUUGACUGGUCCAUAGAGACACGCAGGAAAAAAAAAAUAAAAACCCGCGUACGCGCGUCAUGGGCGCAACCGUUGUACGUUCCUCGCUUCACUGGAAAUCUAAAAUUUCAAUAUUAACAAGAGACUAUUGGGGAAAACGCGGUGAAACGUCCUGCAUAACCCCGUGACAAUACCGCGGGCGCGUAAGCGGGUACGCGAGCACGCCGUAUCAUGGCCGCGCGUUUACCGGCCGUUACGCGCACGACUUUACGUUACAAUCCGAUUUUCUCCCGACAGCCGUCCCGUAAUAAUAACAACGACGACGAUAUUAAAAAAAAAUAUCACGCGGUCCUUUUAUAUAUUUCGUUUUUUUCCCCGAGUCCAAUUUAUUUUUUACGCCCGGAAAAACGCGACCGUUAACGCGCGGUGUUUUCGCCGGCGACCGACUGCGGCGGUUUUCUUACACUUGAGCCGCGCGCACGGUCACUGCCCGCGUUAUUUUAUCGUGCGGUCAUCGGUUUUCUACCGGAACCGCAAUAAUAUAAUUUCCGAACCGAAACACAUUACUGUCGGCUGUAAGGUUAGGUUAGGUUAGGUUAGUUCGCGAGUAGCUGUCGUAGAGUGAACACGUUCCUGUGCGUCGCUCCCGCUGAGUUUUUUUUCGGACAGUCGUCGUCCGGCUGACAUUCCACCUGACCCAGGCGCUGACGGGGCACGGAUGUUUUCAAGACUACCUGCACCGCAGGGGCAGAGCGGCUACCCCCUUGUGUCUGUUGUGCGGUGUGGGAGCGGAAGACACCGUGGAGCACACUCUGCUGGAGUGCGCGUUCUGGGAGCAGGAGAGGUCCGUCCUGGCGCGGUCCGCCCGGGUCGGGACCGUCGGAGUCGCCGAUAUGACUGAAAUGGUGUGCGGUCCCGAUCCGGCACUGCUGCCCGAAGAUGAUCCCGGGAGGAGGAAAAGGAUUUUGGCAGCCGCCCAGUCCGUGACGGACGCCUUCCUGACGUUCGUUGAAGCGGUCCUGGGCAGGAAGGAGGCGCUCGAGCGUGACCGCCAACGGGCAGAAAGAAGGAGGAGGAGGCCGGAACGAGUGGUCUAGAGCGGCGGUCGGUCGGUUGACGGCUCGUGAAGAGGGUGAAGGUUCUAUCACACUUGAACAUAUAUAUUGUAUAAUUUUAUUUUAAUACUGUGAGCCCACCCCCCCGCGUAAGGGGGUUACGGGAUUUUUGGUUUCAUUAAUUGUAUGAAAUUGUAGUUGAUUUAUUUAAUAAACGAUGUGGCUGGAGGGGCAGUAAUGCGCUAAGCAGGGC